UUCCUGACGACUGCUGACGUCCGGUAAAUAAGGAUCGGAGGAGGCUUCGCGAAGACCGAAAGGCGUUUCGGAGGGGAGGAAAGACUGUGAGAGACGCGGAGAGCUCCGCCGGGCAAUCGGACCCCUCCGCGGACCUCCCUCGCCGGUGAAGAACGCUCCUGUCAUUUCUGCUCCGGAUUCGGAGACGCGGACGUAAGCCUUUCGAAUCCGGUCCAAAGCAGGAACGAUGGCUGAUAAAAUACGUUCCUCGCUCCUGAAAAAGCACAGCCAAUCCGACCUCGUGAGCAGACUGAAGAGCAGGAAGGUUCUCGGAGUUGGGGGGGAAGACGACGAGGGAGAGGUCCACAGAUCAAAGAUCAGCCAAGUGCUGGGCAAUGAAUUGAAGUUCACCCUCUAUGAGCCAUUUGGUCUCAGGUGCUGGCAGCUGGUGUCUGCUGUGCUGUUCACCCUCACCGGGAUUCUGGCCCUGACCUUCCCCGGGACGCUGCGGGGAUGGUUGUAUCAGGAGGAAUCCGUGCAGUCGUGCCAGACACCGCUCAGGCUGUACGGGGGAGCGCUCCUCAGUAUCGGCCUUAUCCUCAUCAACUCCUUUUACACUUCGGAGAAGGUCAUCAUCCGUUGGAGCCUUCAGGUUGAGGCGUUUUCUGCCACAGUGCAGUGUGUAGCGAGUCUGGUGGGAAUGAUGGAGCGGGGCUCGUUUCCCCUGGAGGCCGCCGUCGUGCUUGCGUGCCAGGGUCUGAUUCCGAUCAUUUCCGCCCUCUACUGCUUCCAACUGGGACGGAGGCCGAAGAAAAUCUGAGCGGAAGCCGGACGAGCGAGAGAAGGUGGACGCGAGGAGCCUGCACUUCAAUAAACCUCGCGUCGGAGUGAGUUGGCGGCAGGUUUUAUAGGGGAGAGGUCGAAGAGCGGCAGAUACAUUCAAGACCAAACCUGCGCCAACACUUAGGGUUAACUUUUAGCGAAACAAUAUCUUUGGGGCCGACAGUAUUGGGGUCAUUUGAGACGCCACAUAGAGUAAGCGCUUGGAGGAACCGGGCAACUCGGGAUCGAAGGUCCCCGAAGCUUUCCACUCCGUUGUAGACUAAUCGGUACAGAAUUCAUGGCUAUCAACACCUCCCGUCACUGUCACGUGCCUUUGCCACGGUUGACAGGAGGCGAAGCUGAUGGACCUCUGUCUUUUUUUUUUUCUUUUCGGCACCUAAUCCCUUACGUUCCUCCGUACACCGCACUCCGAAACUCUGGAGCGCUCUCCCCCUUGUCCCGCCACCGUGGGACUCUACCUCGCGCGAGGGUCGUUCUAUAAAUUCGAGUCGUUGUCACGCGCUCCCCUGCGCCUCGAGCAGUCAGCGACAACACCCGCGCACGCGCACGCGCACGCACGCACACGCGGACGGAGCCGUGAGGUGCUACGUUGUUCGCAGGACCAAUUAAUUGGGCACUGAGGGCUUAAUUAUUCACCCGGAACGGUCGACGUGCGCGUUACAACCGGCGCCGUCUUGCGGUUUCAUAUUUGACGGAGGGGGUUACGGAGGGCGCGGGUGAGAAAGAUGAAGCGGGGGGGGGGGGUUGUUUUUUUGCCCGCCAAACACCAAACACAAGUCAACGACGCUCUCUGACGCCGUUUGACACCAUUUGGGCGCAAGAAAUAAAACAACGCACGCUA